GUUCACUACAAUCUAAAGCAUAGAAUCAUACUGUGUAUUCAUUAUAUAUUGCAUAUUAAAAUUGAUUUAAUGCCUAAUUACAUAAAAAUUGUGUACUUUUACUUUCUUGAGUAAAAGUACGAAAAAUGUUUUUACUUACGUAAAAGUACAAAAAAAUUACUAAAUGUUUAAUGUACUUAAAUAUUAAAUAUAAACCAAAAACUUAAAAAUUAUGAAAUGUAGUGGAGUAAAAAUUAUGAUAAUAUGUUUUGGAAUGUUUGUUUUCCAAAGAAAAACACUAAUAAAAUACAAAUAAUUGAAAAUUUACUUUUAUGUAGAAAGUAAAAAUACUUAAGUACUAUACAACUCUGCAAAGUGGUAUUUCUAAAUAACCUGAGGCUGGGUUUACGAAUUUGAAGUACAAGUAUCUAAUGCCGUUUAGCAGCUUUUGCAUCUGAGCUCUUCAUUUUAAAGUUAAGUGCCCUCUAGCUGUCAUAAAAAUACUGAUAGUUUCAUUUUGACUGUUGCUACCAAUCACAAUGCAAGUUUGUUUAAAUGCAGUGUAAGAACUUUUUACAUAGUCCAUUACUCACCAAUAUUUAUUUCAGAAUUUUUUUAUUUAUUGGAAUAAAUAGAAUUUGGCAGGAAUUUGGCUCUUAUCCAAUUUGACUUGCACCAGUAAUGCGCGGGUUGAUCCAAAAUGAGCAGGUGCCUGCAUGUUAGGAGUCAUCCAAAAAUAUUUUAAAUGAUAUUCAGGUCACGGUCGGUUGGGUCGUUUGAUAUGAAGAUGCCAAUUAAAAAAUGCGGGCCAGGGAGCGGGUCAGGUACAGUAUUUAUUAUUUAUUUUUUUUGCGGUCCGAGUUGCGGGGGGUUAUUUGAAAACGUCGGUCGGGUUGUUUAUACAUUGACCCGCGCAUCACUGACUUGCACUGACGCAAUCCCAAUUAUCACACAGAUAAUGAAUUAGGAAAAUGUUUCUGCAGCAUUGUCUGCUGCCAGUAGGGGCGCUAAACUUAAUUGAUUAAACACUCCUAGUCAUAUUUGAGGGAGAUGACCCUAUACAGUCAUAUGGGAAUGACAUGUAGUAUCAGUAAUAAUGCAGUAGAGCCCAGCUCUGUGCCUCUGUCUCAUCUCUGUUUUCUCAGAUUCAACCUGCUGAAGGCCCUACAGCCUAAGCAACGCUUGCAACAAAUGGUGUCGUCUCCUUCUGCGUCCCCCGCUUUUGACUAUUGCAGGUUUAUAGAGCUAGACUACACACCCAUGGAGUCAGGCAUUAUGGUCUCUAUGAGACAGAGCAGAGGAUUUCUGACACCAAAGUCCCCGGAACGUCACUGUCGACGGAGUCCAGCACCUGUCAGUAACCGCGAUCCCUAUGGGAAUGCCUCUCACAGCAGCAGCAGCAAUUCAGGGUCAUGCAAGGGCAGUGAUGGAAGCCCAACCCAUAGGCGUCACUUAAAACACACCUCGUGCAAUGAUAACCAUGGUAUCCGACCCCCUCCACCAGAGCAAUAUCUAACCCCUCUGCAACAGAAAGAGGUGUGUAUCAGACACCUGAGAGCAAAACUCAAAGAGACCAUCGACAGACUGCAGGACAGGGACACUGAGAUCGAUGAGUUGCGUACUCAGCUGUCUCGCAUGCAGGAAGAUUGGAUAGAAGAAGAGUGCCAUCGUGUGGAGGCUCAGCUGGCUUUGAAAGAGGCUCGUAGGGAGAUCCAGCAGCUCAAACAGGUCGUCGAUGUUGUUCGAUCCAGUCUGGGAGACACCGACACAGGUGUGCAGCAGUGCUUCCAAGACAUCAACCUUCAGAACCACAAGCUGGAGACUUUAUUGCAGAACAUGGAGCUGGCUCAGAUCGGGACUGCCAAAGCAGGUGGAGGAUUGGUGGGGGCAGGGCUGGAGGUCAACGAGGGUCUGGCGGGGUCGUCUGAAGGCUCCCCAGCUCGCUCGUUAACCCGCAGCUCUACCUACACCAAGCUGAGCGACCAGGCCGGACCAGAACAUUGCGGUAAUGAAAACGAGUGUGACGUUCCGUGUUUGUCAGGCGAGGGCACGCAAGACAGCGGGUUUGUUUGCUGCGGAGAGAGCGGAAGAGGAGCCAGCAAGGCAGACCUGCUCCUUGAGGCUGCUUUUCUGUCUCAAGAGACAGCCUCGCUGCUUGAUGCGUACUCCCGCCUGCCACACUCCUCCACCUAUGAGGGACUUUGCAACAGCGAGUCCAGAGUAGUGCCGCACCGUUGCGGUGGGAUCGGGACAGGGCCCAGCAUCAGUGCAAGUCACCCCUGUCUAUCGCAUCAUCACCUAUACCUGCACCACCUGCGCGAGCAAGCUAUUCAAACCGACUACGACCACGCUCCUGCCUCAGCCCCUGCUCACGGACCCAGCACUUCUUUUAACUCCGAUCUGGACACUAUUGCCGAGCGCACCUUUCGUUCUCAGGCCUGCAGCCCGACCUCCACCUGGAUGUCUGAUGAGGGAGACGACCUGGAGUCGGUAGCCACAGAAACAGUUGCCAUGGCAUCAAUCAUCAUGGACCCUGUUUCCACUGCAUCUGCUCCAGCACCGGCUGUUGCAACAAAGCAUUUGGCUCAAUCCGAAUCCUUCUUGAAAGAAACUGAUAGUUUAGCACUGAAUGCCAUAGAGCCGUUUGACUCAGACUGUACCAUACCAGUUUCAGCUUUGAUAUCAGAUAACACUGCAUCCCCAGUAAGCAACUCUGCUCCAUCUGAGCUUAAUAAAGAUCCUUUGCCGAGUCCUGGCUCUUGCUCUAACCAUCCAUUGGAUGAAAAUAAAGAGGAGACCCUCCCAGAAACCACUCAGCCUCGUAGUGCAUUAUCAGAAGCAGGGGAUACAAAAGAUCAUGUUGUAAAUAUAGACGGUGAAGAAGGUGAAGAUGACCUGGAUGAGAGUGCUACAGACGAAGAGUCAUCCAGAUGUGGUUUACCAGUGAAGAACUACUGGAGUCGCCACUUUCUAGUAGAUUUGCUUGCGGUGGUUGUGCCAGUUGUGCCCACUGUGGCUUGGUUAUGUCGGGGGGCAUACCGCGGGGGUCAGCCAAUGUACCAUAUUGGUUCUCUGCUGCGAGGUUGCUGCACCGUGGCCCUCCAUUCUCUACGACGAGGGGGAGGUCUCCGGCACUACCCUGCAGGAGGAGGAGGUCCAGGAGGUAUGAAUAUAUGAAACCUACAGUUUUCGGAACCACUGAAACAUUGUUCCUGUAUCAAAUGUGCAAUGUAAAGGCUGGUGAAACAACGCAAGGAAUUGAAGCAGAACCAGUGGAAGGAUGGAGGCUGGGCACAGGUCCUAAGUGGUGGUUAUCUAUACACUUCUCAAGUUCGGAAAGAAGAGUGAAUGGGAAUGGGGACUCUGUAGCAUGUAUUUACUACAUGCCUAAAAGUUCAACACUUUGAAGAGCUUUCAGCUUUCUCCAGCAUUGCCAACCAGAGUAACGAGACGAGAUGGACUGACACACACUAAAAAUGAUUGUAUUACCCUUUAUUCAGAUUGUGAGAGAAGGGUCCUAUGCUUUGAAAAUGCAUCUUGUUGUCACUGGAAAGGGUGUGUCUACUGUCUACAGUACAUGUAUAAUACAUCUGAGUGAGUGUUUGUGUUGUGUUUAUGUACAGUGCAGCCAAAGUACCUGGAUUACUAAUGGCCAUCAUUGCUGUAACUGUUGUAGCAUUAGUUGGCUGUCCCAUUACUUUUGUCUGGUGACACAUGUGAGUCGUCUUUCUCCUCAAGGAACCAGACAAGCGCCUCUUGAGCUAUUUAUAUGCUUUGCAUAUACCACUAGUGUCCUAGAUAAACAUAGUCCACCUAGAGUGCUUUAGAAAAUGUAAUCUUUAGUCUAGGCUUACAUCAGUCAUGGGAAAGUGCAAUGGUGACCCUGAUUUUGCAGAAUUUUAAAUGGGUCAACAUUUUUCUUGGUCCUGAAAAAUGUUUCCUUGGUCGUGUAUCUAUAAAGGGACAACACAUCUUAAGUAAUAAUAUUAACAUUAACAAGAAGAUUCAGCGCUUAGACAAUGAACAGAAUUAAAGGACUUUAGUUGCCAUGAACGUUUAGUCACCAGAAAUUCACCGGAGUUUUGUGUUGUUAAUGUGUAAACGUCUGAUUUCUGUGGUAAAGAAAUACAGUUGUAGCCAAAUGUUUGGAGAAAAUGCUGUAAGCAGUAUAAAUAUUUUGUUUUGGUCAUAAUGAAAACUAAUUUAGCUUUUAAAAUGUGUCAUUUUUGCAUAGCUUAGCAUACUGUGUGCUUAAAGGGUUAAUUCACCAGAAAGUCAUCAUUUUUGGUGUUAUUUACUCGCCCUCAUGUUAUUUAGCCCCACAAUUGCUUUCUUUGUUUUAAAAGUGUUGUGUGUUGUUUUACUAUUUCUGUUUACAAUGGGAGUGGAUGUAAGUGUCUCAUCAAGCUUUAAAAGGAUGCAACAGUGACAUUAUAGGGACAGUACACCCAAAAAUUUCAUAUUGUUUCAUAAUGUCAUAUUCUCAUUUAUACCUGUAUGAGUUUCUUUAUUCUGUUGAACACAAAAGAAGAUAUUUUGAUAAAGGAUGUUUGCAGCACUAAUCUUUAAGCGCUGAUGUUAACAGGUGUGAGCAUCUGCGAUUGUUUCGUCGCAGAGUUUAUGCGGCAUCCAUACAUAAUAUCUAUGACUCGAACUACUGAUCCAUGCGUUUAACUGUUUUGAUAUGAUUGGUUACAUGUUUGGGAUGUCGGAAAGGUGAUUUUAAACUGCGGGAAUGAGACUGUCUCCAAUUUUAUGAAGAAAAUACUCAGCAGUGGUGUUGAAUGAUGAAUUUGCACAUGUUAAAACACCACAUAGACACAUAAACCACAAUAAAAACAUGAUUUUCCCCACAAUAUACAGCGGGGGAAAUACGUAUUUGACACAUCAGCAUUUUUAUCAGUAAGGGGAUUUCUAAGUGGGCUAUUGACAGAAAAUUUCCACCAGUUGUAGCCAUCAAGCAAAUAUUGAAUUCAUACAAAGAAAUCAGAACAUUUAAGUAUACAAGUUGAGUCAUAAUAAAUAAAGUGAAAUGACAGAGGGAAUAAGUACUAAACACAUUUUAUUUAAUACUUUGUAGAAAAGCCUUUGUUGGUGAUUACAUCUUCUAGACGCCUCUUGUAUGGAGAGACCAGUCGUCUGCAUUGCUCAGGAGUGAUUCUGGCCCAUUCUUCCACACAAACGGUCUUUAAAUCUUGAAGGUUCCUUGGGCCUCUUUUAUGAACUUUGAUCUUCAGUUCUCUCCAUAGAUUUUCUAUGGAAUUUAGGUUGGGUGAUUAACUGGGCCAUUCAAGCAACUUGAUUUUCUUUCUUUGAAACCACUUCAUUGUUUCCUUGGCCUUGUGUUUGGGAUCAUUGUCUUGCAGAAAUGUCCACCCUCUUUUCAUUUUCAGCUUUCUGGUAGAUGGCAGCAGAAUUUCUAUCCACAAUGUCCCGGUACAUUUCUCCAUUCAUUCUGCCUUCAAUAAUAUGAAGUCUGCCAGUACCCCUUGCUGAUAAGCAGCCACAAACCAUGAUGCUUCCACCCGCAACCUUUACUGUUGGUAUGGUGUUCUUGGGGCGGUGGGCAGUGCCAUUUCUUCGCCAAACAUGGUGUGUAGAAUGACGGCCAAAAAGUUCAAUUUUGCUUUCAUCUGACCAUACUAUAGACUCCCAAUAAUCCACAGGCUUCUCCAAAUGCUCUUUCGCAAACUUUAACCGAGCCUCUAACCAUUCCCAUCAAAGAUCUUGAGAGAGUUCUUUGUUUUUACCCAUCAUGAAGUCUUUCCUGUGUGCCUCCUGGGUAAUGAGAAGCCUUUAUAGGCCAUCAAUUAGGACUAAAGCAGCUGAUAUCAAUUAGUACAGAUAGGGGGCAGGGUUUCUCUCUCAAUACUGACAGAUUUCAGGUGAUCUCCUGGCUUUCUAUGCCAUUUUGCACCUUGUUCUCUUCACGUGUUCAAUACUUAUUCCCUGUGUCAUUUCACUUUAUUUAUUAUGACUCAACUUGUAUACUUAAAUGUUCUGAUUUUUUGUAUGAAUUCAAUAUUUGGCUACAUCUGGUGGAAAUUUUGUGGCAAUAGCCCACUUAGAAAUCCCCUUACUGAUAAAAAUGCUGAUGUGUCAAAUACUUAUUUUCCCCGCUGUAUGUAAAAAAACCCGCAAUUUACUAGUUUACUCCUGAUAUUGCCAUUGUUCCAGCCAUUACACAUUUGUUUAAAGUAAACAUCCUUAAUGCUGAAUGCGCACACAGAGAGAGGAGCAGGUCAAUACUUUCUCACCAAACCCAUUUGUAUGCCGUUAGAACAGUUAUAAUGUACUGCACAAGUCACGUUAAGUUAUGAAAUGUCAGCACCAUUCACUCCCAUUGUAAACAGAUAAAGCAUUUUAAAUAGCAUUUCGAUUUUGAGGAACAAAGAAAGCUAAACAAAGACGAUUUAAAUUUUUGUGUGAACUAUCUCUUUAACCAUUGCUGUUUCUUUGCUAAUGAUUUCAGUACUAAUACUAAAUUGCAGUUUUAAACAUAAACAUUUGGUUCCAACUGUAUAUUCCUGUUUAUACAUCUUGACACUAUAAAGAGAUGGGUGACAUUUAUUGAUGUUGAUUGCACUACAAAUCACUUUAUAAGCAAUUACUUGAAGUAUACUUGAGUGUGUAUUUCUGUAUAUCCAAAGGCCAGUGCAUACGUACAUGUGGGUUAUGUUUCACAAACGGCAACAAAUCAAAGAAUCAUCACUGAAUUACAAAUACAGAUUUAAACCACUGAAUCAUUGACAGUCAGGUUGACUUACCUUAUCACCGUGCAUUAGAUAAUCAUAUGGAUAAACACUUAUAGUUCAUGCUGAAGGUAUUUGUGUGCCAUGCGUUGUCUAUUUUUUGGUCCCUUUUAACCAUGAAUAACUGCUGCCUUUCACACUACCUCUUCCCUUAAUUCAUGUGUUGUCGGUUGUCGUUUAGCAAAGUUUUAUUAUUAUUUUACAGUAGUAUAUACAGAAUUUGUGCGGCAGGUCUGCAGGGUUUUCUGGUGUAUUUUUAUUUUACCGCUUGACAAUCCUAAUUUGCAUUUUUGUGGUGCCAAGUGCUCACAGAUGGCUUUUAUUAAUAGUCGAGUCUCUGUCCUAACGAAACAUAACUUUAAAUAUAAAUAAACUGAAAAAUAAAUGCAUAUGUUCUCAACUGACCUGUAUUUGUUAAUAUGAAGUUGUGGCUUUUAGUUCUGUCUUCUGGCUCAUCAGAAUGUUGAAUGAAAUUGUUUUGUGGUUUUUGAAACCUCCACAGACAAAGCUACCAAUAAAACCACUGUUGUCUGUAUGUCAAUAAAUUACGUAAAUAACACAAGUUAUUUAGCCAGAUGACACUUUUUUUUCCCGCUGUUAUAAAGCUUUGUAUGUUAAAGCGACACGUAAGGCCUUGAUAGGAUUUUCUUGAAUUUUACGAAGCCAUAUUACAAGCAGAGAUGUGUAUGUUGACCCUAUAUGCUCAGUAAUAAUAUUUCUAUGUAAUGUUACAUAUUUUUAUUUUAUACUUGGUUGUCAUUUACUUUUCAAAAGCAUUUAGUAUUCCUCUUUUGGCCUUCAGGGGGUCUGUGUGCGUGUAUUUAAAAUACGAAAUUCAUGAUUAAAGUCGGUGUAAAUCAAAUCAGAGAAUUGUUUCUAAACACAUUAUAGAUGUUAGAAAUGUAUGUAUUGCUGAAACACAUUGGAAAAUAGUGAACCACUUAGGUUUUAUAUCACAUUUAAUGUCAGACUUUACAUGGACUUUAAUAUUCAAGCAUCAGUUUUUUUUAAAGGGGACAUUUCACAAGACUUCUUUUAAAAUGUCAAAUACAUCUUUGGUGUCUCCAGAGUACUUAUGUGAAGUUCUAGCUCAGAAUCUCAUAUAGAUCAUUUAUUAUAGCACUGGCACUUUUGUAGGUGUGUCCUUUAAAAUGCAAAUGAGCUGAUCUCUGCACUAAAUGGCAGUUUCACGGUUGGAUAGUGCAUAUUAAGGGGCGGGAUUUUUCCCUUUCUGACAUCACAACGAGAGCCAAAUUUCAGUGACCUAUUUUUCACAUGCUUGCAGAGAAUGGUUUAUGGGUUGAUCUUCUUCGCAUUUUCUAGGUUAAUAGAAGCACUGGAGACCCAAUUAUAGCACUUAAACAUGGAAAAAGUCAGAUUUUCAGGAAAUUUCCCUUUUAAAGUCACCUUUAUUUCAAUUUAAAAUGAAAUAAUAAUCACAUAAUACUUUGAUUUGAAUGUUACACCUCCACACAUAGAUCUAAAUAUAGUUUAUCAAUAAAGACUUAGUAAAUUGUCUUAAGGACUGAAGGACUUGGAAUUUCUUUUAGCCUUUUGAUGUCAGUGAUUAAGUGAGGCUUGGGACUACCAUUCAUUUAUAAUGUAGAUUUGUAAUUAUCACAGAAUGUCUCCUAACAGAUAGAUGCGUCACUACUCUUGAAUAAUAUUUUUAGGGUAAGAAGGUUAUACAUAAUGUUUUAGAUACAAAGCUUCUGACCUUCAACAAGACAAGUCAUCCAUUUCUCUUACAGAAAUGAAUUAAGAAUAUAUGCGGUAAGAAAUGUGUAUCCCAGCAUCUGUUAAACAGGAUUCUAAGAGUUCACGGAGGUAAAUAAAUAGUUUUUAGUUGUUUUCUUAGAUAUAAUUCCAAUGACAUGUUUACAUUUCCAUCUGUUACUUCAGUUUUGUGUUUUUGUGUAUUGUCUAACAGUAUCAGCACUCUAUAGUGGAAGUCCUGCAAGUCUGUAAAUGUUUCAUGGUGUCUAAUAUUUUUGUGCAGAAUAAUAUUUUAAUGGUAAUAUCAAUGUGUACAGACAUCAAUGCAGCACUGCUCCUGACCAUCAAUGCUCUGUAAAUGAUCUAUAUUAAACAGCAUGGUGAACAAA